AUGACCGAAGCGGGCUUCUCUCCCUCUGCCGAAAUGGCAGAGAUAAACCGUAUCCACUAUGAACUGGAGUACACAGAAGGCAUUAGCCAGCGGAUGCGGAUCCCAGAGAGGCUCAAAAUUGCCCCCGGUUCCUCAGAGGACCAACUCUCCCCAGUCCUUGAGGCACCCCACAGCACUUUGAUGCAAGUGCCAGAGAGGAUUGUUGUUGCAGGAGACAGCAACGAUGCCCGAUUCAGCAGACCCAGUGAUCUGGACCUGAUCCAGUCAACUCCCAUGGAAACUGUAGAGCUGAAAGCCCCACCACGAGUCCUCACUCUAAAUGAACGGCCUUUGGACUUCCUGGAGCCCGAGCAGCCCAGCGCUCCCCCGGCACAUUCUCAGGAUGAGGUGCACACUCUGAGGUCCCGGAGAGAGCGCAGUGUGAGUGAGAACUCAGCCAUCCGUCAUAAUGGCUCAGCAAAUAAAUACGAUGCAGUCAGCCCAUCUGCUGGCCCUCCUGUUCGUGUUUGCCCCCCCCUUGUCACCCCUGAGGAUGGUCAGAAUCUGUACAGUGCCAGUGGGGUCCUCUCCUACAUCCAGAGCACCACCCGUCGGGCCUACCAGCAGGUCCUGGAGGUCUUGGACGACAGCCAGCACAGGGUUUGCCUGUUGGACACCAGUGUGGAGAGCACCCCUGAUGAUUCAUCCUUGAUGGACGCAGCAUCGUUACGACGACAGAUCAUUAAGCUGAACCGGAGGCUGCAGUUACUGGAGCUGGAGAAUAGAGAGCGUGCCAAAAGAGAAGUGGUCAUGUACUCUGUCACUGUGGCGUUUUGGCUUGUCAACACCUGGAUCUGGCUACGCCGCUAG